CCCACAGCUCACUGGAGUGCAGUAGUACAAGAUAUCUUAGUAGUGUUCUCAAUAUGAUUAGCUUUUGGUAUAUGCAAAUCCUAUUGCUCUUCCUGUCUUUCAAGGUGUCUCUAGGGCUGAUAUUUGGAGGCAGACCUGAAUCAAGACCUAAAUUUCCUCUUCCCUUCCUUAAUAUUGGGGUGGAUUCUCAUCAUGAACAUGGGGGGCACCAUGAAGAGAUUUUUGUCAAGGAGGAGAUAAAAGCUGAAUACUUCUGCCAGGGCCCCUGUAAGGAUGGAUGGAUCUCUCACCUCGGUCACUGUCAUAUCUACGUGCCACAGAAACUCAACUGGAAGGAUGCAGAGAAACACUGCCAGUCUCUUUUUAAACGUGCUCAUCUAACCAGUAUCCUGAAUGAGGAACACAAUCGUUUCCUAAUGGUGCUUGCUCAAUCUCAAAACUCACAAAGGGAGACGUUCUGGACCGGGAGAAGCAGUGAAAGGGGUUCAAAUUCCUGGGUUGAUGGAUCACCAAUCAACUUUCUGCAGUUACCAAAGUUCAAUGGCUUCAGUGGGUUACUAGGUGGCAAUUUUUGUCUUGGCAUCGGCUUUGGAGGUGGCAAUUUCUGGAAUCCCUUAAGCUGCGUCCAGAAGCUUCCAUUUAUCUGCAUGUAUAAGCCGAACAGUCUUGGAUUAGAACGGAUACUAGAGAACGGAAGAGAGUUGGACUUACCUUUCCAGCACACUGGAUAAACAUUCUGCUAUAACUUACGUAUUGGAUCAAUUCACAUAGAACCAAACACACAUCUAUAAAUAUAAAAUGUACCCAAUUUAAUUGAAUGCAUAAAAAUCUAAUUUAGAUGUUCCUUUUAAAGGGACAUACCACUAAUUUAUAAAAGAGAAUGUUUCAAAAUGUAUUGCAGAGCUCUUUUUGUUUGAAGAAAUUUUAUUCCCAUUCUGAAUAAACCAAUGUUUUUCUCUGGCA